UAGCUCCUGUGACCAGAAGCUUGAUUUUUUAUAUUGUUUUCCAGUUUUGUAGUUCCAUUUAUGUAUUUGUAAGAUUAAUAUGCUGUGUUCGCAUCCGGCGACCCGAAAAAGGAGUAGACGAUAAUGCUUCCCAGGACAUGUAUAAAGUAGCAUUCUUUUCUUAGAUGCGGUUUGUAGUUCAGAAACCAUCAAGACAUCUUCUAGGGGAAAACCAGCGAUCAUGUUCUCUAAACAAAUCACAGCCUUGACACUUAUCUCAGCCGUGAGAGCUCACGGCACGGUUUCUGGGAUCGUCGCCAACGGAAUCUAGUAAAGUUCCCUCCCUGAGAAUUUUUACUCAUUCCCAAAACCUGAGCUAACAGUAUGAAGUUACAACGGAUACAAUCCAAGCUAUCAGUAUAUCAGCCCUGCCCCAAUAACCGUCGGCUGGCCGAUCCCUAAAGAUCUCGACAACGGUUUCAUCGCUCCCGCUGCCUACACUUCCUCCGACAUUAUCUGUCACGUAGGGGCAACACCAGCACAGAUUGAAGCUCCUGUUACCGCUGGAGGAAAGGUUGAACUGCAAUGGACACCAUGGCCCAUAUCUCACAAAGGACCAGUGAUUGACUACCUCGCCAAUUGCAACGGUCCAUGCGAAACUGUCGAUAAAACAACAUUGAAAUGGUUCAAGAUUGAUGAACUUGGACUGGUCAGUCCAACGGCAGAAACAAGCGGACUCUGGGGUACCGAUGUAUUGAUCGCCAACAACAAUAGCUGGACUGUUACAAUACCUUCGAACAUUGCAACUGGCAACUAUGUCCUCCGCCACGAGAUUAUCGCCCUCCAUGCUGCUGGUUCGGCCAACGGUGCUCAAAACUACCCGCAAUGUGUUAGCCUUGCCAUCAAGGGUACAGGAACAACCAAACCGCCUGGUGUAUCUGCGACCACUUUUUACAAUCCAAGCGAUCCGGGCAUUCUGUUCAGUAUUUAUGGAACACUUUCGAAUUAUACUAUUCCCGGUCCUCCUCUUUAUACUGGUGCAGCCACAGAGACCCAAACGUUACCUGGUCCACCGACCGCUAGCGCAAGUGGUGUUUACACUGUUUCAUGAUGAGGUUGAGAGCAAAGGCUGCUGGACUUGCAUGUAAGGAGGAUAAUGGGGCCCCAUAGUGGUGAGAUGCAAUAUACUGUGUGCUGUAUAUUUUGAAAGGAGUACUUAUAGUAAAGAAAUGAAAAAAGGUUUCUCUACAUAUCGCAUUUUCGUAAUUUAACUUCCAUCUUGCAAUCGUUCGCCAUCGCUGUGACACUUCAAAAGCUACUCAUGCAAUCGUAAAAAUUCUUCCAAUUGAAAUAUCACUAACGUUUUUCCAAUUCCGUGUAUGAUUCUCGAGAAGUCUCU